UUCCAGGGAGGGACCAGAGUCCGCCAGCAGUGGCUGGAGAAGGACAAGCAGCAGCACCUGACUACAGGUGUGGAGGGACUGUGACAGCGACAACUGCAGACACACACGAGUGUGUUCUGGUGACCUCCCUGUGUUGUGGAGAAUUGACAAUUAUUUUUCAAAAUGGUGAACAAAACCGAGAAUAACUUCCUCAGAUAAGCUGGUGCAUACGUUUCUGGAUGGUAUAUUAUAUAUUAAAACCAGGGUGUUCCAAGGAGCAGCCAUGGCCACCCUGUACCCAUCUCUGGAGGACCUGAAGGUGGACCAGGCCAUGCAGGCCCAGGCCAGAGCCGUACCCAGGAUGCCUGCCCUGCCAGUACGGGGGAAAGGGGACUCCCAGCCUCCAGUUUUGUACCCUAACCUGGCAGAAUUGGAAAACUAUAUGGGUCUUUCCCUCUCCAGCCAAGAAGUCCAGCAGAGCCUGCCUCAGACUCCAGAAGGUGCCAGUGCAGCGGUCUCGGGCCCCUCGCCGGGCCAGGUGGUGGCGCCGGUGUCCGGGAACAGCCUGGGCGCACUGCGUGCGGAGAUCAAGCCCGGGGUGCGCGAGAUCCACCUAUGCAAGGACGAGCGUGGCAAGACCGGGCUGCGGCUGCAGGCCAUCGACAAGGGGCUCUUCGUGCAGCUGGUCCAGGCCAACACCCCUGCAUCCUUGGUGGGGCUGCGCUUUGGGGACCAGAUUCUGCAGAUUGAUGGACGUGACUGUGCUGGGUGGAGCACGGACAAAGCCCACCAGGUGGUGAAGAAGGCAUCGGCUGAGAAGAUUGUCAUAGUCGUUCGGGACAGGCCGUUCCAGCGGACCAUCACCAUGCACAAGGACAGCACAGGCCACGUCGGCUUCGUCAUCAAGAAGGGGAAGAUCAUCUCUUUGGUCAAAGGGAGUUCCGCGGCCCGCAAUGGGCUCCUCACCAACCACUAUGUGUGUGAGGUGAAUGGGCAAAACGUCAUCGGGCUGAAGGACAAAGAAGUCACAGAGAUUCUGGCCACCGCCGGGAACGUCAUCACCCUGACCAUCAUCCCCACCGUCAUCUAUGAGCACAUGGUCAAAAAGUUGUCCCCGACCCUGCUCCACCAUACCAUGGACCACUCCAUCCCUGACGUCUGAGGCCGCGGGACAGCAGCUCAACCCUGACACCCUCCUGCCAGAAAGGGAAUGUCCGUGCCUGCGGAGACCUGCUGCCUGGGGGCGGGGCCGUCUCAGGGGGCGGGGUCUUCUCAAGGGGGCGUGUUCCGGGCGGGGCGACAUGGCAUCCUGUGCGCCUGUUAUUUACAUACACUGGCCUUGUUGGAGUCUCAGCCACUCAACUGGGCUAAGGCCGGAACAGGGCCCACAGGCAGCCAUUCUCUGUGCUGAUUUAAAUGCUCGUCACGUCGGCCGGCCAGCUAAACACUUUCUAAAGUUGCAGCUGGGUCCCUUUCAAAUUUUUGCCUCUACCAGUAAAACAGUUCCGUGUUUUGAGAACAGAAAUACUUUUUUUUUUUUUUGUAAGAAUUGUUUCUUUUUCCUUUACUUGUUCUUCGUCACGAACUGUAUAGUUUUAACCCUUCACGGGCUUUUAAAUAAAGAUUUGAUUUUAAAUAAAAUCCCUUCCUC